ACGAUGCUGACCUCGUUUCUCUUGGCUCUCGUGGCAAGCACUGUUGCUGUGCCCACGAAGCCGGCCAGCGUCGUACAUGAGAAGCGCGUGCUUUUCCAUGCUUCUCAGCAUCGCAAACUCCAGCCAGUGUCGAGAGAUGCUGUGCUUCCCGUUCGCAUUGGUCUGACCCAAAGCAAUCUGGAUCGUGGCUAUGAUCAUUUGAUGGAUAUUUCGCAUCCGUCAUCAGCUAAAUAUGGACAGCAUUGGACUGCUGAAGAAGUAGCUGCCGAGUUCGCACCCACUUCUGAAGCCGUUCAAUCGGUCAAGGAGUGGCUCGCCUCAUCUGGCGUUCAACAAGCCGAGCAAACCACAAACAAGGGCUGGAUAGCGUUCGACGCCACUACAGAACAGAUCGAGCGCCUCUUCGAGACCAGCCUUCAUGAGUACGAGAGCCGUAGAGAUGGAAGCAUCCGAGUCGGCUGCGAUGAGUACUCCCUCCCUCAGCACAUUGCUCCGCAUGUGGACUACAUCACUCCAGGGGUGAAGUUGUCGCCUCCCAUGCGGAAGCCUCCGUACACUGGUCCUUGGAAUCCACCACCAGGUGCAGGCCAACUGCCAGAGGAUCUCCGCACAUGCGGCUUGAACAUCACUCCAGCCUGUAUCAGAGCUCUUUACGACGUUCCUUUCCCCCGCGAAACCGUUAAGAGCGGUGUCAUCGGCAUUUACGAGGCGGAUCGUCUGAGCUCUUACAGUCAGGAAGACUUGAACUUGUACUUCCAGCAGUUUGCGCCAUACGUACCUCAGGGAACUGAGCCGACUGUCGUCUCGGUCAACGGCGGCGUGGCACCUGUGCCGCAAGACAGCCAACGAAACAGUGGCGAGGCAGACAUCGAUUUGGACAUGGUGAUCGAUGUGACCUACUACCAAGUCGCCAUACCACCAGAUGCACCGUCAACCGCCAUUAGCUCAUCCUUCGACACGUUCCUCUUUGCUGUUGAUGGAUCUUACUGCGACGUGAACGCCUCCGCUGCAGGCUUCCAGUGUGGUGGUGCGCCGCUUGCCUCCAUCGUUUCAUUCUCUUACGGCGAGUCUGAGGUCGGCGACGGUCAAGCAGCUGCGCAACGAACUUGCAAUGAGUUUAUGAAGCUCUCUCUGCAGGGCUACACAUUCCUCUUCUCGUCUGGAGAUGCUGGCGUCGCUCAAAUCCCGACGGAGUGCAAUGAGAACGGGUGCAUCUCUCGCGACCUUACUACAGCCAAUGGUCCAAUCUUCAAUCCCAGCAUGGGCGCCGUCUGUCCGUACGUUCUAUCCGUUGGCGGAACUCAGCUUCCAGGUGAUAAGACUGUCCGCGAUCCCGAGUCAGUCAUGUCCAUCCCACAGAUCCCAGAAGGCCCGCGGAAUUGCACCACACCGUCCGCUUUCCUCAGCAGCUCCGGAGGCUUCUCCAACUUCUUCGAAACGCCUAAAUACCAGCAGAACGCAGUCUCAUCAUGGCGCUCCAAGUACGAUCCUGGCUAUCCAACCUACGACUACGACGGCACAAUGUCCAGCAUCGGCGCGAACGGAGGCGUCUACAACCGCAACGGCAGAGGCGUGCCAGACGUGUCGGCGAAUGGCGCCAACUUCACGACGUUCAACAUGGGCUCCGAGACGAACUUCUUCGGUACGAGUCUGUCGAGUCCGUUGUGGGCGUCGCUUCUUGCUUUGAUUAACCAGAAAAGAGCGGAUGUUGGGAAGGGCAAUAUUGGUUUUGUUAAUGCGGUGCUGUAUGAGCAUCCUGAGGUGUUUAAUGAUAUUACUAUUGGACAUAGUGGUGGCUGUGACACAGACGGAUUUGCUGCUGUGCCUGGAUGGGAUCCUGUGACGGGCUUGGGAACACCCAACUUUCCAGCUCUUGAGAAACUCUUCCUGAGUCUGCCUUGA